GACCUCAUCUUUGUUAAACAAUUGUAUUAUUGUCAUUCUGAAAACAACUGCUAACUGUUGUUCAUACCAUAUCUUCCGUUGACUGAUUGAGAGCCUCAAAAGGCACCUUUACUAUAUAAACAGAAAUGCCUGAUUAAAAUCAUUUAUUGGACGAUGUCACUGGAAAAUGGGAAAUAAACAAGAAACCUAUCUUCUCCUUUUUCUUUUCCUGAUCUUAGCUGCUUUGUCAUCUCAAGCUUAUUGUUUCUCUAGUGAUUUCUCAAUAAUAGAUAGACCAAAUGAGUUCAUAUCAGAUGGAAGAGUUUCCCAACUGUUCCAAGAAUGGAAACAGAAGCAUGGGAAAGUUUACAAGGAUGAGAAAGAGGAGGAAAUGAGGUUGGAGAAGUUUAGACGGAAUGUGGAGUAUAUAGUGGAAAAGAACUCAAAGAGGAAGUCACCUUCAGACCAUUUGGUUGGUCUGACCAAUUUUGCUGAUAUGAGCAAUGAGGAGUUCAAAGUUCAUGCUUCAAAGAUAAAGAUACCCUUUAACAAGAGACAGAUUAUUCAGAUGAAGAAUGUGGAAACAAAACCAACUCCAAUUUCUUGUGAUGCUCCUCCUUCAAAAGAUUGGAGGAAACAUGGCGCUGUCACUGAGGUCAAGAACCAAGACCUAUGUGGAGCUUGCUGGGCAUUUUCAGCAUGUGGAGCCAUGGAGGGAAUAAAUGCAAUAGUUACUGGUGAACUUAUUAGCCUUUCAGUCCAAGAACUUGUCAAUUGUGAUAAUUCAAGCAAUACCGGCUGUUAUGGUGGAUAUAUGGACCCUGCUUUUGAGUGGGUGAUCAAUAAUGGUGGCAUCAAUUCAGAAGCUGAUUAUCCAUACACUGUCUCUCAAGGCGCUUGCAAUAUCACCAAGGUGAACCAUAAGGUUGUAACAAUUGAUGGAUACCGAGAUGUUCCCCAGGAUGAAACUGCGCUUCUUUGUGCUGUUGCUCAACAACCUGUCAGUGUGGGCAUCGAUGCAACGAGUGCUGAUUUUCAACUAUAUAGAGGGGGAAUCUAUGAUGGAAGUUGCUCUAGUAGUCCAGAUGACUUGAGCCAUGGAGUAUUGGUAGUAGGAUAUGGUUCUGAAGGAGAUGAUGACUACUGGAUAAUCAAGAAUUCAUGGGGUACAUCAUGGGGAGUGGAGGGGUAUGGAUAUAUAAGAAGAAACAGUGAUUUGCCAUAUGGUGUUUGUGGCAUUAAUUCCUUGGCUUCUUAUCCGACGAAGGAACUGUCUUCUGCACUAUCUCCUUAUCCGUCUCCGGCCGUUCCACCACCUCCUCCACCAUCCCCUCCCCCACCUCCUCCACCAUCCCUUCCACCCCCUCCAAAACCAAGUGAAUGUGGAGCCUGGCAUUAUUGUCCUGAAGAUCAAACAUGCUGCUGUGAGCUGUACUACUUUGGCAUAUGCUUCAUUCACAACUGCUGUCCUUAUGAGGAUGGCGUUUGCUGUCAUGGAUCAGACUAUUGCUGCCCAAUUGAAUAUCCCAUUUGUGAUGUUUAUGAAAGCCUCUGCCUGAAGAGGUUUGAAGAUACUUUGGGAGUGGCAGCAAAGAAGAGAAGAAUGGCCAAAUACAAGUUACCAUGGAGUACAAGCACUAAAGAAACAGAGGAGAUGGACCAAACUCUGAAAUGGAAGAGGAAGCAUGUUCUCCAAAUGUUCUAAGUUAAACAAUUCUAAUCAUGUCAUUCGACAUUCUUAAGAAUAAAUUUGGUUCUGGUUCUAACACCAAGAAUUUUGAUGAAUUAAACUUGUUAGCUGAAACCACUUCCUCAAUAAAUCUUGGUUGUGCAAAUAUAUGUAUUUCUUGAAAUAAAGGACUGGAAAGAGAUAUAGACCCAAAAUUCGACCCGCCACAAUGUCACAAGCAUUUCAUCAGCAGAUGCACUAUAUCUUUGGUGAAGGUGGUCUUGGAUGUAUCCUAAGCACUUUCUUUUUUAUAUAUAAUAUAUACUUGACCAAGGAAAA